AAGUGUUAGCUACGACUGUUUCUUUAGUACGAGACAAUAAUAGAAAAUUAGAUCGGCUUUCAGACGAGGUUAGAAGUGAACAAAGCAGUGAAAACGAUAUGGACUCGGAUGACAGUGAUUCAUGGCCAUCUAGCAGGAGGGAGAUUGAAAAUGAAAUCAAACAGUUGUCUACUAAAUUGGAGUCGAUGAAACUAAAAUAUGAGGAGCAAAUCCGCGGAAAAAACAGGUUAAUAGAAGAGCUUGAAUAUGCCUUGAAGAAAAGUGAGAAAGACGGUAGAAAGAAACGUAGUGAAAUUGAACGCUUGGAAACCCAGAUCGAGGCUCAAAAAAGGGCAAUAGACGAACUGGUUGAACAGCAAAAUUUGAUCGCUAGAAGUCAAUCUCCUGAUCCUGAACAAGCUGAAGCUAUUCGACUUCUUGCUCAAGAACUAGAUGAAAAAAAUAAAGUUAUCGAUGAACUUGAAAAAAAGUUUCAAGUAGCUUCUGCUAAUCAUGCAAAUCAUGUAGCUGAAUCUAAUGAAAAAGAUAUGAAGCUAGAUUUAAUUUCAACCCAACUUUUGAAAUAUAAGACGCUUGAAGCUCAAUGGGAUGAUAAACAAAAAACUCUUGAUUCCUUAUCUUCACAAUUAGAGUUUCUCAAGAAAAGAGAAGUUGAACUAAAUGAAAAAAACUCUCUAAUUGAAUCUCUAAAUAUACGCCUGGACACUUCUCAAAAAGUCAUUGCUGAGUUAAGGGAAAAACACGCACCACAUGAUCUAUUAAGGCAACUUCGCCAAAAGGAUUAUAUAAUUGAUAAUCUUACUCAACGAGUUGAAAACAUUGAUGCCGAUAUGAAAGAUAAGGAUGACCAAAUUGAAGCUCUUGCUACAUGCCUUGCUGAAGAAAAGAAGCAAUCAGAACAAUUUGAAGAAGAACUUGCUCAACUUGAUCCUUUAAAACAGCGUGUCGAAGAGAUGGAAGAUUCUAAUAAUGAACUUCGACAACAAAUUGCUCAAAAGGAAAAGGUUCUUUUCGAUCUCGAGUGUAAAUAUAAAGAAGCAUUAAAAAAUUCUUGUGAUAACUCUGAUAAACUUAGAGUUCAAGAACAAAAUAUAAACGCCCUUCGUCAAGAAGUCGCUCAGCUUAAGCAAGCUAUGACCGUUAAAGUCUCUGAAGUACGUGAUAAAGAACGGCAUAUCGCAACUCUUGAGAAUGAAACCGCCCAUAUGCGAUCAAAUUAUCAAAGACUUAUAAAUGCGCUUACCGAGAAAGAUCAACGAAUUGCAUAUUUCGAGAAUCUUCAGAACGCAGCCAAGUCUGAAUCACAAGAAAAGGAAACAAAAAUUAAUAAAAAUGAAGUUCGGUUAAAUGCUUUACAAAAAGUUUUGAACAAUAAGAUCGAGUCCUGCAGAGAUUAUGAAAAAAAGAUUGAGACUCUACAGAAGGACCUUGAUAGUUUAAGAAAGCAAAUUGAUGAAUCAAACGCAUCUAGUUCUGAAAAAGAGAUUAAAAUUACUAAACUCGUCAAAAUGAACCGUCAACUUAAAGAGGAAGUAUCCGACCUCAAAGAAAAAAUGGAAGCAAAGGAACAAGAACUAAUUACGAUUAAGUCUCGUAUUCCUCAACCUGUUACUACUGCAAAAUCUACGGCCUCUGCCAGAUCAUCAUCCUCUUCAAAAGCUCCUAAAACUAGGGUGUCUUCCAUGUACAGCGUAAGUGGGGGUGAAAGCAGCAGUGAUGAAACGGCGAAUGGAUCCCGUAUACGAAAACAUUCCAGUCUUAGUGGCAUUGACAGUCCAGCAUUAAAGAAAAAGUCUACACUUGACCCAUCAAGACGACUAUCAGAUAUUUCUCGUGCUACUACUUUGACCAGAACAAGAUCUUCUCCUACAUCCUCAACUGUCAACAGUGUUCGAAGGAACAAUCUCACAACACUCCCAAAAUCUAGAACGCCUUCUACUCCCAACACUGUUGAUGUUCUCAAAAAGAAGCGUGACGCGACCAUCACACCUAAGAAAGAACCUAGCCCCAUUAAUCGAUCUGCAGUUAACCAACGUAAACGCGAUAUGGUUGUCUUGAAUCAUAUGUUGAGUGGUGUUGCACCCAAAAAAAGACCCAGUGCCGACAAUAAUGCGGGAAAGAAAAAAUUGACCGAUUCAGUAUCUAGUGAUAGUGAACGUGAAACAAAAACUGGACCAGCAAAGAAACGAUCUAGUGAUUUGGCCACCAUCAUGGAAAAGAUUC